AUGUCGUUUCAAGCAGGAUCUGCGCCAGGAAUCCGCAAAAAGCUGGUGAUCGUAGGUGAUGGUGCAUGUGGCAAGACUUGUUUACUGAUCGUAUUUUCGAAAGGCCAAUUCCCGGAAGUUUAUGUUCCGACAGUUUUUGAGAAUUACGUGGCCGACGUAGAAGUCGACGGUCGUCAUGUAGAGCUAGCCUUGUGGGAUACUGCUGGUCAGGAAGAUUACGACCGGCUGAGACCACUGUCGUACCCAGACUCGAGUGUAGUUCUGAUUUGCUUCUCGAUCGACUUGCCCGACUCUUUGGACAACGUCCAAGAGAAAUGGGUCUCAGAAGUGUCGCAUUUCUGUCAAGGUGUACCAUUUAUUCUUGUUGGCUGUAAGGUGGACUUGCGAGACGAUUUGCAGGUUUUAGAGGCUUUAAGAACAACGGGUCAAAAGCCCGUGUCCGUCGCGGAGGCAAAAGCAGUCGCAGAAAAGUUCGGUGCUACUGCAUAUUACGAGUGCUCUGCAAAAACCGGAUAUGGGGUUCCAGAAGUCUUUGAAGCGGCCACCAGAGCUGCGCUCUCGGGCAAGUCCCCUUCCAAGCAGACCAAAAACGGUCCGGCCAAGAAGAAGAAAAAGUGUCUUGUGCUCUGA